AUGUCUCUCCACACGCCCCUUUGCAGUCUUCUCAAUAUCCAGCACCCAGUCCUUUUAGCUGGCAUGGCCCGCGCCUCAGGUGCUCCUCUCGCCGCCGCAGUCUCAAAUGCAGGUGGCCUUGGCACAGUGGGCGGUUUAGGCUAUACACCAGAGCAAUUAUCAGAGAUGCUAACGGAGCUGAAAUCACUACUCCGCGAUCCUUCACUACCCUUUGGUGUAGACCUCGCCUUGCCUCAAGUAGGCGGAGGCGCACGCGCAACAAACCACGACUACACGCACGGACAGCUAGACGAGCUAGUCGAAGUUGCAAUCUCGCACGGCGCGAAACUCUUCGUUUCGGCUGUAGGUGUCCCGCCCGAGAAAACUGUCAAAAGACUCCAUGAGGCGGGGCUACUGAUCAUGAAUAUGGUUGGAGCGCCGAAGCAUGCGGAGAAGGCCUUCCAGCGCGGAGUUGAUAUUGUUUGUGCGCAAGGUGGUGAGGGAGGUGGGCAUACGGGUGAUAUCCCGUUCUCAGUGCUUAUUCCUGCUGUCGUGGAUGUUGCGAAGAAGUACAAGAGUCCGUUGACGGGUUUGCCGGCGCAAGUUGUUGCUGCCGGUGGAGUCAAUGAUGGGCGCAGUCUUGCGGCGUCUUUGAUGCUUGGUGCGUCGGGUGUGUGGGUUGGGACUCGGUUUGUAGCUUCGGAGGAGAGUGGUGCGAGUCGUCUGCAUAAGGAGGCCGUUGUUGGGGCUAAGUAUGGGGAGACAAAGAGGACUUUGGUCGUUUCUGGGCGGCCGUUGCGCAUGUUGCCUAACGAUUACGUUAAGGAGUGGGAGAGUCGGCCUGCUGACAUUGCGGAGUUGACUGCUAAGGGUGUUGUGCCGAUGAUGCAUGAUUUGGAGAAUGAGAAGGACGUUGAUAUGCCUUUCUUGAUGGGAGAUGUUUCGGCGGGCGUCAAGGAGAUCAAACCAGCUGGUGUAAUUGUCAAGGAGAUGGUCCAGCAGGCCGUGGAUGUUCUCAAGACAGGCAAUUCGUACAUCACUGGUAAUGGGCAAUUGAGCAAGCUAUAA